AGAGUAAUCUCCCUGGAACUGUCAUUGACGUCAUUACUUUUCGCGUUCCUACGGAAGUGCCUGUGAAAUAUUUUGGCAGUGCCAAUUUAUUCCUGACAUUAUGACAGCUUUGAAUCUGUAUUUAUCAACAUGCAGAUAUGUUAUGAAAGCUGACCCCAAUAACCGCUCAUCAUGGUCUGAACUUUACAAAUACAUACCGUAUAUGAGACAAAUAUUUGCCUGUUGUGUUUGCGGCAAAAUUCUUCACAAACCGAAAUGUCCAUCUCAUAAUGUUUGUCAACAUCACGUGUGCACUGGUUGUCUUGGUGGCAAAAUGCGCCUGAAACCUGGGUGUAGUUGGUGCCGAGAUCCUAGCGUUUUCAUAGACAGCACUUCAGUACGAAUUAUGAUUUUAUGUUUUAAAACUUUAUGUGAAUAUAUUUAUAAUUCUUCUAUUGGUAUACAACUUUUGUCCGAAUCGUCAAAUUCAAAGGCAAGCUCAAGUGAACGAACAAAUUUACUGUCAGUGCUUCUCGAAGUUCGACAAUUUAAAGAUGACUACGACUGUAAUGAUGUCAGUCCCGCCUUUCUUUUCCCACCUAUGAUAACCCCUUGUUCUGAAUCGAGUAAAAAGGGAAGAAAAAGAAAACAAAUCAGUGAUGUAGCAUCAGAUUCCCAUUCUCUAUGUUCCUCCGGUGGUGGGGAUAAUGCGCCAUCACCCAGUCCACCAGUGUUAACACGUUAUGAUAACGACUUGACAGUUAAAACCACUCUGGAUGACAGUGUAUCAUCGACAACAGAUAUCAAAAGUGAUGACAGUAGUAGUCCUAUUGAUGUUGUGACUGUCAGUCCAUCAGAUGAUGUGACGUCUAAUUUAUUUGAAUCUGGACCACCUUGUUUACAAAAGAUAACAGAGAGAAAAAGACCCAAAGUGAAGACAUAUCGGAAUUCGAAUUUAUCCAAAAAUGGACCCAAAAAGAAACAAUUUAGUGGUGAAGCUCCAGUGAUGGAGAUGUGUGGGAACAAGGCUAAAACUGAAGGCAUUUCUUUUGACCCACCGUGUAAACGAACAAGAACUUCAAAUCCAAUUGAUAUGUUGAAAAGAAAAAUAUGUAAAUGUGCUAGAAACAAUCAGCCUAGUCCUUUAACCUGCCUUGGACAAAGAUGCCCAUGUUACAGUAAUAAAAGGGCCUGUGUAGGGUGUAUGUGUCGAGGUUGUCGUAACCCGCGACAUGAAAAAGAUCCUUCAGUUUUCUCUGAAAAUGAUUUAACAUUGAAAGAUAACUCACUCUCUCUUGUUGUUGGUAAUCGUAACUAAUAUUUUUGUAUUUGUUAGCACUUGUUCGGUCAUUUUCUGUGGGAGAUGAUGUUAACUUAUUUUUGUAAAAAGACAUGAUAUGUUGUUAAAUGUACAUGCUGUCAUUUGCACUUGAAAGAAUCAUUGUUAAUAGUAUUUUAAACUAUCAUGGAGUCUAUAUGAAUUUUUAUUUAUGAAUGAUAUUGAUUCAGGUUACAUUUCUGAAUCAAACUAUUUUUUGUCACAUCAUUCAAGCCUGGAAAUAAGGUACCUGUCACAGACAAUGUCUGGCACCGAUUCAGGCAUUGUCAGGCACUAAACAUCUGGUGCCUCGAUCACGUGCCUGUCAUUUUGUUGGGCACUGAUUUGUCUUUUCUAUUGAUAUUAUUAAUACAUGUCUGGCACUAAGUUGAAAAUGUCAGGUACUAUUUCAUUAGUGUCUGACAUUUCGUCGGGUACAUCUAAAACUGUCAUUUCCAGGCCUGCCACAUAAUUACUCUUCAGCUGACAGCUAUUAUGGUUUAUUUACUGACUUAACUUUCAUCGUACCUUUCUGAAAAUUGUUGGGUUACAUGUAUAUCAUAUUUAUGGCAUUGUACUUAAUAAAAGUAAAAAUAUGUACAUGUAGCCCCAUUAAUUUUAACACAUUUCUAUUAAUGAUCACCUCAUAUGUUAAAGAAAGUGUAUAUACUGAAUAGUAAUGUAAUGUGAUUUUUUGUUUUUCUUUAUUUUUAAAUUUAAAAAUAAACUUUCCAGUGUAAAGUAAAGAAGAAAUCUAUGAAAACUAUGAUUUAAACAUUUUUUUUUUCUUUUACCUUUGCUAUAUUUUCAUGAAAUAGGGUUAAGGUAAUCCCUGCUGUAUACAAAUUUUUUUUCUAGAAGCCUUUUUCUUAUUUAGAUUUGAUAUGUCUCUUGUACUCUGUUUUGAUAUGUUCUUUACAUUAACUACUGUAUUGAAGUAUUGAAUACCUGUUAUAUCAUAUUUAUACGAAAUUUUCCUUAAGGUGAUUACCAUAAGUUAUUCUUAGUUCAAUUUAUAUUUUUAAAAGGCAUUCUUGAAGGUUUUUUCCUUCGGUAUAUUAUAUGUACGUUUCUAAUAGAGAUUAGGAAUCAGAACAAAUUAAAUUUAUUAGGUAUAUUUUACAUGUAUUGUGCCAGAUCAUUUUCUUCAUCGGUAUUUUUUAAAAAAUUAAAAAAGAGAAAAAUUUAUUGAACAUUUGUGACCCAUGACACAGAAUAAUGAAUCUGAAGUCACUGAUUUACGAAAAUGUGGACAUUUUUUAAACAAAUAUUUUCUUUUAUUUUAGUUUGGUUUAUUUGGUAAAUCUAAAAUUUGGCCUUUCAAGUUAUGUUAUUAAAAAUGAUAUUUUUAGCCCAUUUUUGUUUGUAUCGUAAAUCAAUGAGUUGUGAUUUCGACUCGUUUUGCUAUCACAUUUAUCACUUUUUUUUUUUGUUGAACUUAGAGAUUUGUGUUUAUUUGUUGAUGUUUGACUAUUAUUAAAA